CGUCAUCCCAGUUUGGGUGUGUACACUUGUCGGAAACAUGCUUUGGGCGCGGAUGUGAUGUUUUGAUAAUUUGUUUUAAAAGUAAUCAACUAAUUUCGGGACCAUGCACUUGCAUUUAAAAUAUAUAUUCUGAGAAUAAAUAUACUAUGAGAAAAUGAAGUUUUUAUUUCUAAUAGUUCUGUUUUUGUAUGAUUUCAUAUAUUUAAAAGCUGAAGAUGAAUGUAGUGAACCCUUGCUUGCAAAUGCCAAAUUUUCUGCUUCGUCUUCAAUAUCAAAUGAGAGAAGUGCAGAUAAAGCAAGACUGAAUGGUCUGUACUCAUGGACUGCAGGUUAUAAUGAUUAUUUUCAAUAUUUAACUGUUAAUUUACGCCGUAGAAAAAUUAUUCAUAUUAUUGCUACUCAAGGUCGUUCGAACACAGAUCAAUUUGUAUCUGAGUACUGUAUUCAAUUUAGUAAUGAUGGUGAUACUUGGAGAACUUAUGUUUCUUCUGACGGUUCUACACAGCUGUUUAGAGGCAAUGUUGAUGGAGACACCAUUAAGUUCAAUAAAUUUGAAACGCCAAUUAUUGCCCAGUGGAUUAGGAUAAAUCCUACUCGAUGGAGAGACAGAAUAUCAAUGAGGGUAGAACUGUAUGGUUGUGAUUAUGUUAGUGAAUCUGUGCAUUUUGAUGGGAAGAGUUAUUUUACCAAAGAUUUGCGCUAUGCAAUUGCUAGUGACUCUGAAAUGAUUAGGUUCAGAUUUCGAACGAACAAUGCUGAUGGAAUCAUUAUGUACAGUAGAGGUAGCCAAGGUGAUUUUUUUGCUCUUCAAUUAAUGCACAACAAGCUUCUACUUAAUAUUGAUUUAGGUGGUGAAGGAAUUUUGACAAGUAUUUCAGUUGGCAGUCUUUUAGAUGACAAUAUGUGGCAUGAUGUGCUUAUAUCACGUCGCAGAAGAGAUAUUACAUUUUCAGUUGAUAGAGUAGUGGUUCCUGCUAAAAUAAGAGGAGACUUUACAAAAUUGAAUCUAAAACGAGAAAUUUAUGUUGGAGGAGUUCCCAAUUUUAAUCAGAAUGGCAUUGUAGUUACAGAAAAUUUUACUGGAUGCAUUGAAAACCUUUUCGUUAACAACACCAACCUUAUAUCUGAACUAAAGGAAAGGCGAUCACAAUAUAGACAGUAUGGAGAUUUACAGUUUACUUGUCAUUAUGAUGCUGCUCCUCCAGUAACUUUCAUCUCAUCAGAUUCACAUUUAAGAAUAUCUGGAUAUAAGCAACAAAUUAUGAACUGUAGCUUUGAUUUUCGAACAUUCAAUGAAGAUGGAAUGCUACUUUAUAACAAGUUCUCUCAACAAGGAUUUGUAAAGCUUUAUCUUCAAAAAGGCAAAAUCAAACUUGAAAUCCAAAGUGUGAACACACCUAAAGUAAUUACAGAACCGUCAGAAAGAUAUUUAAGUGAUGGUUUGUGGCAUAGAACAAUGUUAAUAUUGCAGACAAAUAGGAUUGAGCUGCAUGUUGAUGAAAAACCAAGUAUUACUACUAGGCAGUUUUCUAUGCUAACUGGAGAUGAAUAUCUUGUUGGAGGUGGUUUGUAUGGUUCUAAAGGAUUUGUUGGAUGUAUGAGAUAUAUUCAAAUAGAAGGUCAUUCUAUAGCUGUUACCAGUUUACCUGAACACCGAAGAAAUAAUGUAGCUCUUGAUGCUUGUCAAAUGGCUGAUCGCUGUAAUCCUAAUCCCUGUGAACAUGGUGGUGUGUGUAAACAGAACUGGGAAGAAUUUAAGUGUGAUUGUGAAAAAACUGGAUAUACUGGUGCAGUUUGCCAUAUUCCUGUAAACCAGUUAUCCUGUGAAGCUUAUAAAUUAUCUCAUCCUAAAAGUAGGAGAGCGGAUAUAAAUAUUGACAUUGAUGGAAGUGGGCCUUUAAAAUACUUCCCAGUUACCUGUGAAUAUCCAUUUGAAGGGCCAGCCGUUACAAUACUCCACCACAAGAAUGAAAGACCUACAGAUGUAAAAGGAUUUAGCAAACCAGGCAGUUUUAUCCAGAACAUUAUAUAUAAUGCUGAAAUGGAGCAAAUUAUACAACUUGUAAACCGCUCAUACAACUGCCGCCAGAAUUUGCGAUAUGAGUGUUACAAAGCUCGAUUAUUUGGUUCAGCAGCUCCAGAACCUGCAAAAUUUGAUCCAUUUUCUUGGUGGGUUAGUCGCAAUAAUCGACAAAUGGAUUACUGGGGUGGAUCUCUCCCCGGUUCAAGAAAAUGUAACUGUGGUCUAUAUGGUACAUGCAAAGAUCCAAGUAAAUGGUGCAAUUGCGAUUCAGAAUAUGAUAAUGAAGGUUGGCUGUCAGAUGAAGGUGAUUUAACACAGAAGGAGUUUCUGCCUGUACGACAGUUACGUUUUGGCGAUACUGGUACUACUAUGGAUGAAAAAAGAGGCCGAUACUACCUUGGUCCAUUGAUUUGUGAAGGCGAUUCAAUAUUUGAUAACACAGUGACAUUUUACUAUCAAGAUGCAACAAUAGAUCUCCCCACAUUUGAUAUGGGGCAUUCUGGUGACAUAUAUUUUCAAUUUAAAACAACUGCCGAGAAUGGUGUGUUAGUUAACAGUAGAGGACCGACAGAUUAUAUUAAAGUUAUGCUUGUGGAAGGAGAUCAAAUCCAGUUUCAAUAUCAUGCUGGAAAUGGUCCGCUGGGAGUUAGUGUUGAAACUUCGUAUAAACUGAAUGACAACAACUGGCAUUCUGUAUUAGUUGAACGAAAUAGAAAAGAAGCAAGAGUUGUUGUUGAUGGGAGUUUGAGUGGUGAAGUGAGAGAAAGAGCUGGUCCUGUCCGGGCUCUGUAUCUUACAAGCAAACUGGUCAUUGGUGCUACUGUUGAUUAUAGAGAAGGAUUUGUUGGCUGCAUACGAGCUUUCAUGCUGAAUGGUGCCAUUGUUGAUUUGCAGCGAAUGGCUUUAGAAUAUCCAUAUGGCAUCAAUAAUGGUUGCGUUGGAAAAUGUCAGAGUAGUCCAUGCUUAAAUAAUGGAACAUGUAUUGAGGGUUACUCAAGUUACGUUUGUGAUUGUCAGUGGACAGGAUUCAAAGGACCUAUAUGUGCUGAUGAAAUUGGCGUAAAUUUGCAAACUAGUGACUUUAUUCGGUAUACUUUUGAGAAUUCUAUUUCAACUCUUGAAGAAUACAUUCGUGUAGGUUUUACCACAACUGACAAAACUGGCAUGAUUGUUGGUAUAUCAUCUUACAGUGAGGAGUAUUUUAAUUUAAUGAUGUCUACAAGUGGCUAUCUACGUUUGGUAUUUGACUUUGGUUUUGAAAGGCAGGAGAUAAUCAUUAAAAAUGAGAAUUUUGCUUUAGGCCAACAUCAUGAUCUCCGCAUAAUUAGGAGUGAUAAAGGGGCAAAGCUUACAAUAUAUGUGGAUAACUAUGCCCCAAUUGUACAUACAUUUGAAAUUGAUGAAAAAGCUGAUGCUCAGUUCAAUAGAUUGAAAAGUAUAUACAUUGGUCGUAAUGAAACUAUGGGUAGUGGUGAAGGAUUCAGUGGAUGCAUUUCACGUGUGCAGUUUGAUGAUCACUUUCCUUUGCGAAGAUUAUUUCAGGAAAGUCGUAGAUCAUCAUUGGUAUAUUCAUUCCCUGAAGACAUUCGCGAAGAUGACUGUGGUAUUGAGCCAGUAACUCAUCCACCUGAAAUAAGAGCAACAAGACCACCCCCUUCUUUGCCAAGAGUUCACAUUGAGGCACAUACAGCUGGUGCAGAUGAUUCAGCAAUAUUAGGAGGUAUAUUGGCUCUGAUAUUUAUUGCACUCAUAUUGAUGGCUAUCCUGAUCGGACGUUAUAUGUCACGCCAUAAAGGUGAAUAUAAAACACAUGAAGACACUGGAGCAAAAGAUGCUCCUGAUGCUGAUACUGCUGUGAGGAUGGGCAAAACCGGCCAUGGAGUUCCUAAAAAGGAAGAAUGGUUUAUAUGAAGAAAUCUUUGUAGAAUGUUGGAAAAUAUUACAUAAAUGCCCUAUGUGGUGCGUAUUGUUGCCUUGCUCAACAAGUUAUAUUUUGGACUAUAUUAUUUUGUAAUGUGUGUUGUACAUAUUGCAUACAAUUCCAAAAUGUGAUAUUGAUUGUGUUCAAAAUCAGUAUCGUUUUUAGCUAUUCUAGACCAUGUUUCUGAAGUAUUUCUUCAUUACCUAUCGUUGGAAAAAGAUUUGUAUAGCAUAGCAUUCAUGCCUUUUUAAUGAAUCCCCCUUUUCCCCAUUUCUUAGUCCACCUAAAAUUUUCAAUGAUAGGCAUUUGCUUUUUAAAUUGCAUUUCUCUUAUAUUCAGAUUUAAAAGUAUUUUUUAACAUGUUAUUGAUUUGUCAAAACUGCUAUUCGUAAAUUUAGGUAUAAAGUUUAUGUCAGGUUGCAUAUUUAUUUUAAACUCAUGUAGUUUUUCUUUAUAAUAUUUCUCAUUUUUAUUGUUUAGAUUUCAUGCUGUCAAAGCUUGUUGGAUUCUUAGAAAAUUAUGUUAUAAAUAUUUUUAUUUUAGUUAAAUAGUGGGAAAACAUUUUUAAUAUCAAGUACUUUUACCUGCAGAAAAUAUAUGGUAUUGUGGUAAAAUUACAUGGUAUUAAAAAUAUUUAUGUCAUCAAAUUACUUUUUGAAAAUUUGAUGGUAUUUUAUAAUUAUUUAGUAAAUAAUUCUUUUAGUGCAUAAACAUAAUUGCAUAAAACUUCAUCAGUUUAUGUUAGGAAGAGCAUUAUAUCUGUGAGUGUGCAAUUCUUUUGUUGGUAUCUCUCUUUGCUUAAACUGCUGCUUUAAUUUCCUGAUUAAAAGUUAUUUACUAAAAGUGUCCUUUUUCUAUUUUUUUAAUAAUUGUACAAUUAUUAUUCCUUUCAUUUACGACGUACAGCAGAUAUAAUGCAUCAUAAGUUAAAUCAUUUAUAUGAAGUUUGUUGUUUAAUCUAUUGUUAAGAUGGAUAAUUUUGAUAUUGAUUUUGUGUUUGUUUGAUUGAGUACCUAGAGUAUUUGAAAAUAUGUGCUGAAAAUGCUGAAUGAUUUCUGUGUAUAUUUUGUUUUAAAAUUCAGUUAUUCAGUAGCUAAUAUGUGAAGAAAUGUAUGUUCUUAACUAAUAUGCAAAGAAAUGUAUGUUUUGUCACCAUAUUUCACUAAUGGAUAUAUUAAAAUAUGUCAAAUUUUUAUUUAGUGGAUUGAUCCGGUGAUUUUUGCUAUACAUAUUAAAUGUGUUCUUUUUGCUUAAUUAAUUAAAAUUUUUAUUUAUUCAAUUUCAUGAUACCACCCUUGUUUUUACUAACAUCAUAUCAUGUACUUUUGCAGUGCUUCAUAUGUUUAGGGACAAGCUAGUUUAUUAAAAAGCACCAUAUACAUAUAUGCAAAUAUAUCUUUGUACAGCCUAUACAUAUCUAUUGAUUAAGUUGCAAAUGUUAACGACAAUACUUUAUAUUUAGACUAUUAAUAUUAAACUAUACAGCUACCCAAUAAAUAUGACCACAUUCUGUAGGAUCAGAAGGUUCAAUGAAAAAUUACAGUAAUACCUCCAUGUAUGCAGAGAAUAUGUUUCAUUGACUGUAACUGUAUAUUAUAAUAAAACACAAUAGUGUAAUAUGCAUCAAUAUCGUUAAGAAUUAAUCUCCUGAAGUUAAAAAUAUCAAAUGUAAAUCCAAGUAUGGUAGGUGUUAAGGCAAGAAGAAUCAGCAUAAUGUUCAUAAAUUUGCGGAACUAGUUUCAAAGGUUUAAACGUAAAACCUUCUUCAGCUAAAGAAGGGCAAAUGAUUAAAGAGAAACCUGUGCUGAGGAGAUAAUGUGUAUGAAAUGCACGAACAUUACACCUAUUCUUGUUGCCUCAGUACCUCCACUAAAUCGCUUUUCAUCAUGUUAUUUUAAUUCAGAUUAAACUCAAGUAUUUAAAAUUAACUGUUGAAAACAUUACCAAAGUAUAGGUGUAAAAAAAAACUUGUUAUGAUGAUAUUCCAUCAUAAAUUAAUAACAUAUGGAGACUUCUGCACUUAUUUAAUAAAGAAAAGUCAUAGCUGUGCAUUUUGCUCACAUGAUUACUGUGCAUAAGGCUUGCAGCAAAUUUUUCAUACAAAUGUAGUGACAACAAUUUCUAUUAAUUUUUAAGACAUUUACUGCACAUUUUCCUUUGAAUUAUUUUUGCACAAGGCUUGCAAAAAAUAUAUCUGUGCACAAUGCUUGCAAAAAGAAAUAUGUUUUGCGAGUAAAAUGGCAAACAGUUUGUAUUUUGUGGAGACACAAAAUUUAUGUAGUGUUAUGUUAUGUAUAAAAACACUCUUCUUUAAGGCAUUAAAGAAAAGAAAACAAAUUUCCCUUGCCAAAUUGCAGGAAAAUGGAUCGAUAAAAGACUUACUUUUUGUUGGCUUUAAUUAUUUUAGAAGCUUAUAAUUUUUAGCUAAAUUUACUUUGUGAUUGAAUAAUUUGAAAUCUUGUAGUACAAAAUUAUUUGUUUAUAAUGCAUGGGAAGCUUCUGAUGUGAUACAUUCAUCAAUGUAACUUGUAAAAGUUUUCAAAAAACUACUGUUUUAUGACCAUAAAAUAGAUCAUAUAAUAGAAUGUGAUGGCAAAAUGAGUUGAUUUAUGUAAUGUAAUACAUUCAAUGAAGUCAAAUACAUAGUUGUUGAUGUAUAGCACUGUGAUGUAAAUGGUCAUUUGUAUAUCUGGAAAAUGAAAAUUAUAUCUUUUUAAAUAUGCAUUAAUAUCUCGUGCGAUGUAUAUCAUUAGCACAUUAUUACUUCAAUGAACUAUGUUUCAUGUGUAUUUUAUUACUAAACAAUUACACAAAUGCUACUAUCUUUGCAUUCAGCCUUUCCUGCAUGUGAUCAAUAAAAUUGGGAUCAUCAGAUCUAAAUUAUUCUCACACGAUAUUAUUUUUAAUUUUCUGAAGGAGUUUCCUGUAAUUUCUGUUUUUAUCUUAUAUCGUUUCUGUGCAUACAUUGUAGUAAAUAUUGUUUUUUUUAAAUUUCUCAUAUUGAAAUCUCAUUUAUUUAGUGUUCAAAGUUUACAUUGUGAUUUUGCUAAAUAUUUCUACUAAAACUUUCAAAGAGCUUUGACUUUCAUGAUGAUUUCUUGCAGAAAAGUCUGUGCUUAGCUCCACCUCUAUUUCCUCUGGAACAUAGAUCUGUUAAUUUUACAAAUUUUGAUUUUUCAUUUUGGAUGUUGGCAAAUUUUCAGAUUUUGCAAACUGUAAAUAAAAGAAUGCUGCCUUAUUGAAAAUGCUUCUGGUAGUUGUUUAAAAAUAUUUAAAAUAAUUUGAAUUAUAAAUAUUUUAUUGAAUAGUAACAUAAGCAUUAAAAUACUUUAGAGAAAUUUGUAACCUGUAUAAUUUUUUUUUAUAUGUAGUGAGUGCAGCUUGAGUUUAUCCUGAUAAUUCAGAUGUUAAGAAGUAAUUGUAUUUGUCUAUUUAUUUUUAUGUUAUCUUUUUGACAUGUGAUUUUUCAUUUCCGUCCUUCUAUAUUAAUUACAACAGCUGUUUUAGAUUAUAAUUAAGAUGGUCGAUUUUAAAAUUAAUUUUUGCAUAUGCUCUGUCUUUGUUUAUGAUGUAAUAAUCAUUUAUACACUUUUUAUUUUGAUCAGCAUAUUUUGUCUAGAAAUGUUUUCAGAAAAUGAUCUGUUUGAUUUAUGUAUUGUUUUUAUUUUAUUAAUUAUAUUUUUUAAAUGUUUUAUAUCACCUGGGUAGGUGGCAGCAAGAUGGAGCAAUGUGUAUAUAUAUUUUUUAAAUUGUGUAAAAUUGCUCUAAAUUUUUUACGCUUCUAUUAUUAUGGUAUAGUUGGAAAGGGUUUUUAAAUCUUGUGAUAUUGCAAAAUGUUCCAUUUUUCUCAUGAAGGGAGUUUUAUGUAUUGUUAGAAUCUCAUUUGACAUCAUUAAUUUCAUGUUUUAUACAUAUCCAAAUGCAAAUAUUGCAUUCAUUCCGUAAGUUUGAAACGUGUUUUAUACUGCUAUAUUUUAAAUACGUAUUUCACUAAAUUUCGUAUAGUUGUUAGGUUUUGCUAUAUUUCAUUGCAGACAGCAUAAACCAUAUAUGCAAUGAUAUUGAGCAUCUAAUAUUACAGAAAAGUAGUAUUUCUCUAUUCUAAGGAUGUGUGUAGGCAGAGUACUAUGUAAACAAUACUUUACUUUCUGUUAAUGAUAAAAAACUGCUGAAUUCUCCCCUUACUUUUACAUUAUGAUUAAACUAGUCUGUUUUGUUUGAGAAACCAAUGCCUAUACAAAAGGAAAUUUUAUGUUAAAAAUCUGCUUCUGUUGCUUCAUUUAUAUACUAGUUUCUUUACAUUAUAUGAGUGAAUAAUUUUAAUAUUAGAAUUUAACUAUAAAUGAAGAGGAAAUGCUCCAUACAUUUAAAAAAAGUGUUCUUGUAUAGUUUGCUGGAGACAUAAUCAUUACAAUAUAUAAUAUGCUUAGGCCUUGUAAAUGAUAAGCUAUAAGGCCUUUAAAUAAUAAUUUUUCUCAAAUGUUUAUCAGAAUUUGUGGGAUAUAAUCAGUUUCUAUAAUAUUUUCUAUAUUCCAAUUUUUGCCUUAUUGCCUUGCCAUAUUAAUAGUCUUAAAUACUAUACUUUAAACACAGCACAAUAACAGAUUAUUUUAAUUUUGAUAUAUUUAUUUGUAAAAGGGUGGAAAAUUAUAUAUGUUGUUUAGUGUUGCAUUUUCUCUCUAUAUAUAUCUAUGAGUUUCAAUAAAAAUUUAGCUUUUAAAUUUAAUGUAUACUAAAUAAAUUUGAGUAUAAAUGUUUUAUGGAUCACAUUAAUCGUGAAUUCCAUAAUGCAUUCAAAGUAAUAUGCUAGAUAAAUAUUUUUCUGAAAUGAAAAUAUAGGAACUAUAAAUUAAGCUAUUCCAGAUUCUGGAAACUAAGUAUUUGCUGAUAAUGAAACAAAUAUAAAUUUGUUAGUUGAUUUUUUUUUAAUUUUGCAAAUAUAUUUUACUAAUACAGUCAAAAGUCGUUAAUCCGGACUCGUCGGGACUUCGGCGAUUCCGGAUUAUAGAUCAU